ACCUACCAUUGUAAACUUCAAAAAGGGAGGGAGGGAGAGAUCACAAUAGCCACUUAUCCUUCAGCACACAACUUCCUAUAUAAUGUCACUUCCAUGUCUGCAUAAAUUUUGUACUGGCAUUCCAUUUAGCAUAAGGAAAAGAGUGACCUAGUUACCGGCCUCAAAAUCCGUAGAGAAACAAAGGAAUUCAGUGGAGGGAUUCAAAUUAGCCUUUUGAGUCAUGGCAGUUUUCGCAUUUGAGAAGGGAAGAGUUAGUGGGAGAGAAGUGAGGAGAAAUAAACCUUGAGAGAUGUCGAGAAUGUGCCUUGAAAAUUAAUGCUUGAAGCGCUUGGACAAGAAUAAAGCCCCUCAAAAUUAGUUCAGUAUUAAAUAAGCCCUUCCCUUGUACUGCACAAUCAUUAAUUGAUCAAAAUUACAUAUCCUAACCAGAGAAUAUGGGAAAAUUAACAAUAUGCGUGGUUGAAGGGACUUAAAUGGCAUGAAAGUUACUCUAAGGGACGUAUUUGGGACGGAGGGUAGUGGAGGCUUGAUUAGAAAAUUAACAACUUAAUUAAGGGGACCAAUACUAGGAUUAUUCCUAUGAGGUUUUUAAUGCUCUUCUGUUUGAUGUUCUUCAAAUCCUUUUCAUUCUUAUAUCCAUCGCCUUACCGUAUACUGAUAUCUCUUCCUGCUUAUCUUUUGUUGAAUGUAUAUUUCAGUAGGACCCUUGUGCAUUAUUUUCAGUAUUUACCUUGGGACUUUAAACAUUUAAUUCGAGGACAAGUAUAUAUUUUUUACCAAUACUAUAAAGAUCCUGAUACCAUAUUUCUCGAAAUAACAGGUGGACUUAUUUUGGCAAGAGCUUUGCUAGGGCUAUCUAUCCUGAUUGCAGUUAUUGUGUACAAGGUCCGCAGGAGACAUUUGUCUGUAGAUGAUACAAUUGAAGAGUUCCUUCAAAAGCAUAACAACUUCUUGCCUGUUAAGUACUCCUAUUCUGAAAUAAAGAAAAUGACUAGAGGUUUCAAGGAUAAAUUAGGGGAAGGAGGUUAUGGUUCAGUUUUCAAAGGAAAACUUCGAAGUGGCAAUUUAGCGGCAAUAAAAUUAUUGGCCAAAUCAAAAGCUAAUGGCCAAGAUUUCAUCAAUGAAGUUGCCACCAUUGGAAGGGUUCAUCAUGUUAAUGUGGUGCGACUAAUCGGAUUUUGCGUGGAGGGAUCUAAACGAGCUCUUUUGUAUGAUUUCAUGCCAAAUGGAUCCUUGGAUAAACUCAUAUUUUCUGGUGAAAACAACACAUCUUUAACGUGUCAAAGAAUGUUUGAAAUUGCUCUUGGAGUGGCUAGGGGGAUUGAAUACUUACAUCGAGGAUGUGAAAUGCAAAUUCUACAUUUUGAUAUCAAGCCACAAAACAUCCUUUUGGAUGAGAACUUUAAUCCAAAAAUUUCAGAUUUUGGUCUUGCAAAAUUAUAUCCAAGAGAUGACAGUAUUGUAUCUCUUACUGCAGCAAGAGGUACUCUAGGAUACAUGGCUCCAGAAUUAUUCUACAAGAAUAUUGGAGGUAUCUCAUACAAAGCUGAUGUCUAUAGCUUUGGAAUGUUGUUGAUGGAAAUGGUGGGAAGGAGAAGGAAUUUAAAUGCAUUUGCUGACCAUUUAAGUCAGAUAUAUUUCCCAAAAUGGAUUUAUGAACGUUUUGAUCAAGGAGAGGAUAUAGAGUUGGGAGAUGUUACUGAUUUUGAAAAGAAUGUUGUAAGGAAGAUGGCCAUAGUUGCCUUGUGGUGCAUACAAAUGAAACCUGUCAUUCGUCCUUCCAUGACCAAAGUCUUGGAGAUGCUUGAAAGUGAAGUUGAACUCCUUGAAAUGCCUCCUAAGCCUGCUUUUGUUCCUUCCGAAUUAUCAGCUCUAGACCAUGGCACUAGAAGUCCAGCAGCUGCGCCAACUAUGUCGCUUGAUGGUAGAUCCUAACGGUCUACUCCAAAUGCAUUUCUAGGUAAAUGCAAAUUCAGAGCAAGUAGUAUUGAAUAUUUUGCCAUAAUCUUGUAUUGUUGAUUUGGUAGAUGACCCACUGAGUUUUCAUCAUGUAAAAUAUAUCAGAUUCCUUGGGCAUUUGGUUGAUUUGUAUGAUGUGAUAAAAAUCACCUUAGCAA